AUGGACGAAGCAGAAGCAGAACAUCACCAACAGCAGGCCAAAGGCGACGCGGACUUGCCAGCAGUAGAACAGAGCAAGGCGCUGCACGAUGAAGACGCCGAAGAAGGGCCAACCAACCAUUCAUCGCCAGCUUCUUCGCCCUCUCUCGAUGAGGGUCGCGAAGAGGCGGAUGCUGCGCUCGCGCCCGAAGGGCAAGGUAGAGCACCCGAUGGGGAGGAGAGCAGCACGGCGGGCUUGACCAGAGAGCAAGAGCAACUGCUGUCGAUGCUCAACGAUGUCGUGGUGGAGAACGACGAAGAAGAACAAGAGGAGGAAGGGAAGAACGAAGAAGAGGACGGAGGAAAAGACGAUGAAGGUAAAGAAGAGGAGGAGGAGGAGAAAGAUCUGGUCGACCUGGUCGACUUGGUCGAGGAGGAGCAAGGAGAAGAAGACAUGGAGCUGGAGAUCGAGGAGAAGGAGAAGAACUCGGAGCUCGUCGAGGAGCCUCGUUGGGCAGGCCUGCUGCCGAAAAAAGAGGUGAAUGACGAAGGAGGCGAUCAGUCCGUGCCUGCGCCAUUCUUCAUCACCAAGAGCGAGAACGAUGGAGAAGAAGAGCAGCGCAACCCAGACACACAAUCGGCGCGGCCGGGCGCCGCAAGUGCCACAACAACUCCAGAGCACGAGUGGUUGGCCCAACUUCCGUCCUUCGUCGCGCCCUACGCGCAGCGCCCGUCGCAGAGAAUCGAGCAACAAAUCGAGCACCUACGGAUCGUUGAAGGGGUGCUCAGCGCUGUAGGCCAAUUCGAGGACGCUCUUGCAUACUUCCAUACACAGAGGCACGCUGACGCAAUGGAAGAGCUCGUGGAGCAGCUCAAACAGCGGAAGGAGCGCUUUGCUCUGUUUAUGGCCAACCCGCAAGCCAGCGCAGUUGCCUUGGAUGAGAAGUGGCGCCAAACGUUCCCGUGGACGGAGAGCAUACGAGACACGCUGUCGCGGGAGGAGGCCAUCAACGCAGCACUCAGCGGUGAGGACAUCUUUGUGCUGUUUACCACGGGGGCCGGCAAGAGCCUCUGCUACGAGCUUCCUGCACUUUAUGCGAACGGCGUCACGGUCGUCAUCAGCCCGCUGAAGUCACUGAUGAACGACCAGCACAACCAUCUGGCGUCAAGGUUCACCAGAAAGAUUGCCAAGCCUCUUCACAGCGACCUUUCAAGCGCCCAGCAACUGCGGGAUGGUGCUGCAACCUCCCGCUUGCAGCUGAAGCUGUGUUAUGUUGCACCAGAGACCUUCUUCCAGCCUUAUGCACAAGAGGUAUUCAAGAAAUUGCAUGACAGGGGCUGCUUGGCCCGAUUUGUGGUGGAUGAGGCUCAUGUACUCCAUGAGUGGGAGCAUUUCCGCCCCCAAUACAUGAAUUUGAGCCAAUUGAGGGAAAAGUUUCCACAUGUGCCCAUCACCACUACAACAGCAACUGCGCCUCCCCCACAACUGAUAGAGUGGAUCAAGGCAAACUGGCCUGAUGACUGUGGCAUUGUCUAUGCCCUCACGGUUGGAACAGUCAAUUUGCUCUGCAAGGCCCUCCAGAACGCAGGCAUUGCUGCAGGAAAAUACUACCAGAAAGAGGACAACAAGGACUACAUACAUGACCAGUGGAUGGCGGAUGAACUCAAGGUCAUUGUUGCCACCUCUGCCUUUGGCAUGGCGCUCUAUCAGUGCACGGGUCCCACGGACACGGAGGGCAUGUGUGACAACUGCCGGGGCUAUCAUGAGAGCGACGAAGAGGAGCCCGGACCUGCCCAAGACGUCGCCCGGGAGAUUGCCCGCGUGAUCCUGCGCAUCGCCGAAUUCGUCGAGAGCCGGGCGGACAGAGAGGGCGACAAAGGUCCCAUCAGCAACGUCACCAUGCUGGUAGACAUCUUCUGCGGCAGCCGCAAGGGAUCUCUCAAGAAAGCCGGCUUCAACGCAACCACUGACCACGGAUACGCCCAUCGCAUGGGGAACAAACCGAAGUCAGAGUUCGUGCGCGACAUUGUCGGUCAGAUGCUGCAGAAGGGGAUCCUGCGCGAGGACACUUGGCACGGCCGCGCGUUUAUCUCGGCAACUGAAGACAUGGCCAGGGCUACCAGUACGAGCCAGAAGAAGACAAAGAAGAGCACUACCACCACCGCCAGCAGCAGCAAGUCGAGCAAAAGCGACAAAGGUAAGGAAAAGGUGACCAAUCUCGACGACUUCGACGAGGCCGAGCCGAAGCCAGAGGAGGAACGGCAAGAAAGAGAGAAGCGAAAGAAGAAAAGAAAAGAGGAGAAGGAAAGGAACAAGGAGAAGAAGUACCCAAAGAUGAAGACGACGACGGCGAAGAAGAAGGGCGCCCACAGCGCAUCGGAUCUGGGUCUGGAGGCCGACCACAGUGACGGAGACGAGCCCCGGCUCAAGCGCCGCAGGACGAGCGAGCCGGCGGUGGGGAGUGGAAGGGGCACGACGGCCUCGUCGUCGUCCACUGCGACGACCAGGAGUCCACCGAGGCCGCGCGCCGCCAAGGUGGCCGCUAGCAAGGCGCUCAUUAAGAAGGAGCCCGAAUACCCCGUGGAGGCCGUCGAGGACGAAUGCACCUAUCUGAUAGACUUGUACACUUUGCAGAAGAGGGGUAAGGUGUACGUCAAGUGGGAAGGAUACGACCACGACCAAAACACGUGGGAGAGAAAGAAAGGCUUCGUGGCGACGGCGCCGGUGCCCUACAGGGAGUUCCUACGCCGCAUGCAACUCGAGGGCAGGACCAUCACCCGCGACGGCCCGUGCGAGUGCCGACUGUGCCGCGAGCAGCACAAGCUGAAGCCGAUGACGGUGAAGAACGAAAACGAGAAGAACGACGACAACAACAAGAACGAGAACGAGAAGAACGAGGACAAAAAGGAGCAGAAGAGAAACAAGAACAAGAAGAGGAGGAAGCGGUACGAUGCCUCGAGCUCAGACGACUCGAGCGCGAGCGACAAGGGUGAUUCCGACUUCUACGAACAGGAUGACGACUCCGAUGCGUUGGCAGAGGACAGGGCGUGGAAGAGCCACAACGCCCGCGCCGUCCGGGCUGAGGCCAGAACUGUGCUGGUGGUCAUCGACGACGACGACGACGAAGACAACGACGACAACAGCGACGUCGGCAUCAAGGAGAACAGCAUUGCUGCAGGAAAAUACUACCAGAAAGAGGACAACAAGGACUACAUACAUGACCAGUGGAUGGCGGAUGAACUCAAGGUCAUUGUUGCCACCUCUGCCUUUGGCAUGGGAAUUGAUAAGCCCGACGUGCGCUACGUCGUCUUCUACAACCUGCCGCAGUCAAUGGUGCAGUUCCACCAGGGCGUGGGCCGAGCUGGUAGGGAUGGGCAGAGAGCCGACGGUGUGAUCUUCUGGUCCUACAAGGACAAGAGGGAGAUCCUCAACGUCCAGAAAUCGAACAGCGAAAACCAGCCAGACAAGGCGACAUGCGAGACAGCGCUCAACACCUUGAUCAGCUACUGCCAGAACACGAGCGUCUGCCGCAUGGGCGCCAUGAUGGAGUACCUCAACACCUACACUUUCAGCGGUGAACAAACGCUCUAUCAGUGCACGGGUCCCACGGACACGGAGGGCAUGUGUGACAACUGCCGGGGCUAUCAUGAGAGCGACGAAGAGGAGCCCGGACCUGCCCAAGACGUCGCCCGGGAGAUUGCCCGCGUGAUCCUGCGCAUCGCCGAAUUCGUCGAGAGCCGGGCGGACAAAGAGGGCGACAAAGGUCCCAUCAGCAACGUCACCAUGCUGGUAGACAUCUUCUGCGGCAGCCGCAAGGGAUCUCUCAAGAAAGCCGGCUUCAACGCAACCACUGACCACGGAUACGCCCAUCGCAUGGGGAACGAACCGAAGUCAGAGUUCGUGCGCGACAUUGUCGGUCAGAUGCUGCAGAAGGGGAUCCUGCGCGAGGACACUUGGCACGGCCGCGCGUUUAUCUCGGCAACUGAAGACAUGGCCAGGGCUACCGGUACGAGCCAGAAGAAGACGAAGAAGAGCACUACCACCACCACCGCCAGCAGCAGCAAGUCGAGCAAAAGCGACAAAGGUAAGGAAAAGGUGACCGAUCUCGACGACUUCGACGAGGCCGAGCCGAAGCCAGAGGAGGAACGGCAAGAAAGAGAGAAGCGAAAGAAGAAAAGAAAAGAGGAGAAGGAAAGGAACAAGGAGAAGAAGAACCCAAAGACGAAGACGACGACGGCGAAGAAGAAGGGCGCCCACAGCGCAUCGGAUCUGGGUCUGGAGGCCGACCACAGUGACGGAGACGAGCCCCGGCUCAAGCGCCGCAGGACGAGCGAGCCGGCGGUGGGGAGUGGAAGGGGCACGACGGCCUCGUCGUCGUCCACUGCAACAACCAGGAGGCCACCAAGGCCGCGCGCCGCCAAGGUGGCCGCUAGCAAGGCGCUCAUCAAGAAGGAGCCCGAAUACCCCGUGGAGGCCGUCGAGGACGAAUGCACCAAGAGGGGUGAGGUGUACGUCAAGUGGGAAGGAUACGACCACGACCAAAACACGUGGGAGAGAAAGAAGGACUUCGUGGCGACGGCGCCGGGAGUUCCUACGCCGCAUACAACUCGAGGGCAGGACCAUCACCCGCGACGGCCCGUGCGAGUGCCGACCCUGCCGCGAGCAGCACAAGCGGAAGCCGACGACGGUGAAGAACGAAAACGAGAAGAACGAAACAAAAAGGAGGAGAAGAGAAACAAGAACAAGAAGAAGAGGAAGCGGUACGAUGCCUCCGGCUCAGACGACUCGAGCGCGAGCGACAAGGGUGAUUCCGACUUCUACGAACAGGAUGACGACUCCGAUGCGUUGGCAGAGGACAGGGCGUGGAAGAGCCACAACGCCCGCGCCGUCCGGGCUGAGGCCAGAACUGUGCUGGUGGUCAUCGACGACGACGACGACGAAGACAACGACGACAACAGCGACGUCGGCAUCAAGGAGAACAGUGGCGGCGAGGGGGCAUGA